AUGGCCGAAAGACGGGUACGACUCAACGCUGACGAAGAGAACAGACUCUUUCAGGAGGCAAAGGCCGACGGCGAUAGCAACGCCCAGCAAGACCACCACCAUGACCAUGACUCGGGCGACGAGAGCAACGAGGACUCUGGCGUCGUCCAACGCGGUAUCCCCAACGGCGAGGAACCCGAAGCGCCCAACUCUGACUUUCUGGAAGUCUUUCCCGAUGAUACCGAGGAUCUUGAAUUGACUCACCUCAGAAUCGACAACCUUCCCGAGCUUCAUCUCGAGCGCUUCAAGAACCUUCAGACAUUGUCGUUCAGACAGAACUUGAUUCCAAAGAUCCGUGGACUCGAAGGUCUGACAACGCUCAAGGAAUUGGACCUGUAUGACAACCGGUUCAGUAAAAUCGAGGGUCUCGAAACCCUCACCGAGCUCACGUCAUUGGAUUUGAGCUUCAAUGGAAUCCGUCAUAUCAAGAACGUGGACCACCUUGUCAAGUUGACAGAUCUGUACUUUGUCAGCAACAAGAUCACGCAGAUUGACAACUUGAGCACGCUUGUCAACAUCACCAACUUGGAACUGGGAUCUAACCGUAUCAGAGUGAUCGAGAACCUUGAUAGCUUGGUCAACUUGGAGCAGCUCUGGCUCGGCAAGAACAAGAUCACAAAGCUGCAGAACCUUUCAAGCUUGAAGAAGCUGAAGAUCCUAAGCAUCCAAUCGAACCGCUUGACUGUGAUUGAAGGAUUGGAAGAACUUGAGAGUCUGGAAGAGGUGUACUUCAGUCACAACGGAAUCGAAAAAAUUCAGGGACUUGACCAUAAUACCAAGUUGACAACGUUUGAUGUGAGCAACAACAGAGUCUCCAAACUCGAGAACUUGGGACACCUCAGGAACCUGCAGGAGCUCUGGGCAAGCAACAAUACCCUGGACUCGUUUGAAGAUUUUGAGGCAGAGUUGAAGGACAAUUGCCCAGACCUCGAGACGGUCUACGCAGAAGGCAACCCACUCCAAACUAACAACAUGACUACCUACCGUCUCAAAUUGAAGAUCAUGCUCCCUCAGCUUAAACAGAUUGAUGCCACACCCAUUCGCCCAUAA